AUGGAAAAAGGAAAAGAUGAAGAUGACCUUAUAAGACAUAUGACUGAAAGGAUGAUGAUCAAAUUUGAUAAAUACUGGGAUGAAUAUAGUGUGGGCCUUGCAUUCGGUGCUAUUUUAGACCCAAAAGUGAAGUUGGAAACAUUGGGAUAUUGUUUAGAGCAAAUUGAUCCCCUUCCUUGGGAAGCAAAGGUAGAUACCAUCAAUGAGAAGUUGUACAAUGUUUUCUCUCAGUAUUAUACAAAUACUUCAAGUUCAACUAAAGCAAAGCAUAGUAAUAUCUCAACAUCUUCUGGUUCCUCCAAACGUCCACAUUUUGAUGAAAUUAAAAAGCACAAACUUCAAGCUGCAAUAGAAAUGGGAUGGAAUCAACUAGACGUAUAUUUGGAUGAGCCAAUAUUAGAUCUUGACUUCACAAAGCCUAUGGAUGUUCUUGCAUGGUGGAGGACUCAUAGUAAACGUUUUACAAAUUUGGCAUUGAUGGUUGCAGAGUAUUUGUUUCAUGCCAUGUUUUUCACUAACUAUAGUUGUGGGUUCUAG